UCCGGGUUCAGUCUUGUUUAAGAUAAUUUCCCAAUGUUCCAUUUUAUGUUGGUUCUUGCAGAACAUAAUGUGAAUUUUGCACAUGUUUUUGUGUCGGAUCGUGCCGCUGAUGGAAAGGGGCAAAGCAGUGGCACAACUAACAAAGACAACAACUCAUCUUUUUAUCAUAACGAAACGGUGGAGCCUAGCUACCUCAGCUCAUCUAUCUACUAUGGUGGCCAAGAAAAUUAUUCUCCAGGGAACAAAACCCUUUGUGCACCCCACUACUUCAAAAAGGAUGGGGAAGAUGAUGAUCCAAAUGGGAACAACUCUAGUGGUGCUUCAAGAGGUAAUUGGUGGCAAGGCUCACUGUACUACUAACAUCUCAGUCAAGAACAAUGCUGUAAGGUAU